AUGACAUCGACAGAAACUGCUUUGAAAGGCGAAGAUAUUUCACCCGAAAAAGAUGGAGGUGUUCUCAAAGAAAUAAUCAAAGAAGGUCAUGGCGAUGACUGCCCGGGUGUGAAUGACAGAGUCACUGUACACUACGUUGGAACCUUACUUGAUGGAACUAAAUUCGACAGCAGCCGAGACCGUGAUGAGAAAUUCCAAUUUAACCUCGGUAAAAGUGAAGUUAUCAAAGCCUGGGAUAUUGGUGUGGCGACAAUGAAACGUGGCGAAGUAUGCCGACUGAUAUGUAAACCUGAAUACGCUUACGGCGAGAAAGGCUCUGGUGACAAGAUCGGACCGAAUGCUACGUUAGUCUUUGAAGUAGAACUCUUCGACUUCGUCGGUGAAGAUUUGAGUGAAGCUAAAGACCAUAGUAUUGUUCGACGAACUUUAAAGAAAGGCGAAGGUUGGGCCAAACCAAAUGACGAUGCCAGCGUCGAAGUUAAACUCAAGGGUACACACGAUGGCAAAGUCUUCGACGAACGAACAGUAUCGUUUAUUGUUGGUGAAGGUUUUAUUCAAAACAUUCCUGAAGCUGUUGAACUUGCUGUAACCAAAAUGACUAAGAAUGAACAUUCGCGUUUAGCACUGAAAGGCAAGGGACUAAAUGGAUUGGAAAAAUUCAACAUUCCACAAACUUCUUCUGUUGAAUAUGAAGUUACAUUACUUAAUUUCGAAAAGGCAAAAGAAUCGUGGGCAAUGAAUGAUGCUGAAAAACUUGAACAAGCCGAUGUUCUGAAAAAACGUGCUGCCGAACUAUUCAAAGAUGGUCACUAUCGAGCUGCAAUCAAGAAAUAUUCGACAAUUGCAAGUUAUUUGGAGGCUCCAAAUUAUACCGAAGAAGCAGAUAAGAAGAAGGCUGCGGAUUUCAAACUGACUGCUCAAUCAAACAUCGCCUUAUGCCAUUUGAAAUUAAAUGAAUACGCCGAAUGUAUGCGUGCGUGUGAAAAAGCAUUAGAAUUGGACUCAAAAAAUGAAAAGUGCCUAUUCCGUCUUGGUCAAGCGCAGUUAGCUAUGUCAAAUUUUGAAGAUGCUUUGAAAGAUUUUCAAGAAGUCAUCAAACUCAAUCCAUCAAAUAGUGCGGCAAAACAAUCCAUACAAACAUGUCGAGAUCAAAUGAAAGCUUACCAGCAAAAGGAAAAACAGUUGUAUGCGAAUAUCUUUGCUAAGAUGGCUAAGUCGAAUGAGAAAGCUUCCAACAAUGAUUCAAAACCAGCCGAAGAGCCUAGUGCAAGUGAAGAAGUACCAACAAUGACAAACUAA